UGCUUGGCCAUAAAAACAAUAUUUUUGAAUUUUGAUGUAAGUAUAACAAAUGGAAGAUGAAGAUGACACAUUGAUUUCCUGCUUGAAAUUAACCAAAUCCCAAGAAAAAAAAGUUAGUAAUGAUAGUACAAGGAGGAAGGAAGAAAUGAAGAUUAGAUUUGAGUCUCUUUCUGCAUCACUGAGUAGAUCCAGCACUUUAAAUGAAUGCAACUUGGAAGAUAUGUCUGUCCAAUACGAAGGAGAAGUUCACAUGUGGCACAGCUGGAAGCCUUAUCCAGAAAAUCCACUUUGGACAUGUGUUGAUUUCCAAAUGGCCCAAGUUGGACCUUGGGACUAUUGCUCUUGUAUUCACCAUCCACCUCUCAAGUCUUCUUGCUCAGAUAUGGAUCUCCCACAUUCAUGGCGCAGUAGCAGUUUUGGGAAUUUUGAUCGUUUUCGGAAUAAUUCCAUAUCAAAACCAGAUGAUUCAACUGAGGUACAUGAAGGUGAUCUUAUAAAUGAAAGUGGAGAACAAAGUAAAACUUCAAAUAAUGGAGGUGGUUUGGGUAAAAAAAUGAGAGCUAUUUCAUGGACAAUGAAGAAAAAAGUGGGUAAAAAGUACAUCAAAGCUCUUUCUGAGGAAAAGGAUGAGGAAGGUGGAGGUGAUACCCUCUCAUAUCGGAACAGUGACCCUAUGAUUGGGACCCACACAGAGAAAGGCUCCCUCAAGGCCAGUGACUCCAUGGAUAGUCUCUACAGUGGGCAGAGCUCAUCAAGUGGAAUAACAACCUGUUCAGAUGGUACAAGUAACCGGGACAGUUUUCGGCUGGAUGAUGAUGGCCCUUACUCAGGACCAUUCUGUGGCCGUGCUAGAGUGCAUACUGAUUUCACACCAAGUCCCUACGACACUGACUCCCUCAAAAUCAAGAAAGGAGACAUCAUAGACAUUAUCUGCAAAACACCAAUGGGAAUGUGGACAGGAAUGUUGAACAAUAAGGUGGGAAACUUCAAAUUUAUUUAUGUGGAUGUCAUCUCAGAAGAGGAAGCAGCCCCCAAGAAAAUAAAGGCACACCGAAGGAGUAAGAGGGAAAAACCCAAGACUCUGCAAGAGUUCUUAGAGAGGAUUCACCUUCAGGAGUAUACCUCAACACUUUUGCUCAAUGGUUAUGAGACUCUGGAAGAUUUGAAGGAUAUAAAAGAGAGUCAUCUUGUUGAAUUAAACAUUGAAAACCCAGAAGACAGGAUGAGAUUACUAUCAGCAGCAGAAAGUCUCCUUGAUGAAGACACUAUUCAAGAUCAAGAAAAUGAACCUGUGCCCCUAUCCUUGAGCCCAGACAGCUCCUUAAAUAAGUCACAGUUAGAUGACUGCCCAAGGGACUCUGGUUGUUAUAUCUCAUCAGGAAAUUCAGAUAAUGGCAAAGAAGAUCUGGAGUCUGAAAAUCUGCCUGACAUGGUACAGAAAAUUACUAUCACAGAGCCAAGUGACUGAACACACAUUCUCAACUAUAUAUCUACAGAUGCAUUCUAUUUUAACUCUUCUUGAGCUAAAAAAAAAAAAGCAAAUAGGAGAAGAAAAAGAAAUACUUGUAAAUACAACCUAAAGUUAAAAUGUUGUCAUCUGAAUGUACAUAAAAGUUCAUAUCUCUAGCAUUCCCAAACAUUGUAAAUAAAAUGUAUAUGUAUUAUUUUAAAUGCUAUGUGUUAAUAUUUCACUAGCCUGUAUUAGAAACAGCACAAUGUAAACCUUUAGUAUUUGUGACAUAUGCUUUAUUUGACUUUAAUUUACAAGUACAAAACGUUAAAGUCUGCAAAAAAAAACAAACUUUUUUUAUACCUGUCAGGUUUGAGUUCGAGUAUAUUAUUUAAUGAAUAGAAGUCUCUUGUUGAAAUAAUUUGUCCAAGUAGCCUCUACAUUCAUUUUUAUACUUACUGGGAAAAUGUGAAUCAAUACUGGACAUAUUUUAUCCUAAUCCACAGUAAAAUUUGAGUGAUUUUUUUGUUGUUGAUUUUUUCAACUCUGUUAUCUGGUAUAAAAGUAGUAAUAAUAUACUGUCACUCCUGAUUUAGUGAAGCUUGUUUUAGUAAUUGUGCAGAUGUUUUAAGUAAAUAUUUUAAACUUUGACAUACCUUAAUGUGAAUAAUAAAAAGAACUAAGUGCAUAUUG